AUGACCAAAGAAACACCUCCUGGAUCCUCAACCAAGCCUGCCAUUUCUCUCCACCCGGCAUAUUCUGUUACAAACAUCCAAACCAAAAUUCCAACAUUAGAUGGAUCCAAAGUCACGUACUCCUCUUGGGUUAAAUUAUUUCAGCUUCAUGCAGUCACGUUACAUAUAAGGUCUCCGAUCACAUUGACCAGACACCUGCGCCUGCUAACACAGCACCAGAAUAUGACCUAUGGAAGGAACUUGAUGCCCGUGUGGAUCUACAGCACAGUUUCUGACGAUCUUCUGGUUCGCAUCUUGGAGACUGGUUCUACAGCGCGUACGACCAGGUUGAAAUUGGAAAAAAUAUUUUUAAGUAAUAAGAAGGCUAGGGCUGCGGCUCUAGAAACCAAGUUCGUCAACUUAACCGUAGCCGCAUGCGCAUCACUGGACAAUUAUUCUCAGCAGUUGAAGGCCCUUGCAAACCAACUUGCCAAUGUGGACCACCCGGUUUCUGAGUCUCAUUUGGCAGGUUCGUCAUAA